AUGUUACAGAAACUAGAAGAAUUGAAAACACUUUACCAAUUCUAUUUGGAUCAAGUGACUCCUCACGUGAAAGAGAGAUGGAUUGCUCUUGUUGCUCUUAACGUUGCGUUCUUCCUCAGAGUCGUACUUUCUCAAGGUUGGUACGUGGUGUGCUACGGGUUGGGUUUAUUCCAAUUGAACCAAUUUCUAGCGUUCUUGACUCCCAAAUUCGAUAUGACUUUACAACAAGACGAAGAGAACAAAGAACUAGAAGCUGGUGAAAGGGCUGAAGAUUUCAAACCUUUCAUUAGAAGAUUACCUGAAUUUAAGUUUUGGUACAAUUCCACGAGAGCCACGUUAGUCGCACUGGUUUUAAGUUUAUUUAGAAUUGUGGAUAUUCCAGUGUUUUGGCCCAUUUUACUAAUGUAUUUCUUGUUAUUGUUUGUUUUGACAAUGAGGAAACAGAUCCAACACAUGAUCAAAUAUAGAUACAUCCCAUUAGAUAUUGGUAAGAAGAGAUACAAUUCUUCCGCUUAG